AUGGAGACGCCUGCUCGGCUGGGAGAAUCUGGAAGACUUGCAUUAUUAUCUAUCUCGCUCUCUUCAUGGAUCGAAGGCUCUGCGCAGCUCCGGAGCGCCUUCUUCAUGGCCAUGGCGGACCUCUCGCCAUCUACAGCGACAGAAUACCCAAACUCGCCCGACUGGAGAGUAAAUCUAAUACAGUGGCUUGUUCGUUCAAGUCGAGAGCUAGAUAAUAGCGAACGAGCCGGGUUGGCACUCCUCGAACUCGCGACUUCAUUAGGACUUCUUCGUCUGCUCAAUAUCAAGCCUCUACUCCCUUUUCUCUUGACGCCACUCUCUGCUACAGUCCCGGUUCCCAGCACUUUCAAUUCCCGGAGUCUCAAAGCCGUUUCGUGGACCAAGGUUACCGCCACAGUAUUUGCCUUGACGCUCCUCCAAGAGCUCAAUAAAGUCACCUGUCUCACUUUGCUGCAAUCCUGGCGCAAGCAGCGUUCUCUCCAACGAAAGAAGGCACUCGGGAAGAUUGUAGCAAGAGGAGAAGAGGUCAAACUUCCUCUGGAUGAAUUCGAGGAAGAAGAAAUGGAGUGCCUGAUUUGCUCUGGUCUCGGAACAGAUGACCCCAUGGCUCAGUCAGUCAGCUCCUUGACCUCUAUGGAGACGGGUGCAGAGAUGUCCGCAAGACAUGGUGCGGAUCUAGCAGAUCAGUUUGGUCCGCUGGAAAUGUUUUGCACAACGGCACCGAGUAAGCACCUCGCUCAUCGGGAAUGCUUUCUACGGUGGGUUGAAUCGUAUAGGCAACAGCAUCAGCGAGUCUUUCUCGAGCCAGUCACCGUGGAGUUUCGAAACAGACAGGAAGGCACUUCAAGAAUGCUCCGAUGGGCGAGAGAAGAACGACAUCGUAUCAAAGCCAUAUUGUAUGCCGCAAGAUUUGAGCAUGUCCUGCCAUCACUCAUCUACUCGACGCCACGACCUGAACAACCUUUCAGCCGUGCCCCUCCCUUUGCUCCCGGUUCCUCUCACUUGCUAGAGGGAACCUCAUCACGGCCCAGAUCAGUUCUCCUUGUCGAGACAGACGAAGCUGGUCCAAGCAUCUCGUCACAUGGGAGAACACUUGCCACUUUGCAAACAUCAUCUCCUUCAUGUCCAGCAUGCCGAAGCGCAGUUCGCAUCGUUUUCGCCCAAACACCUCUCAACCCACCUCGAACGAUGUCUGAACCGGCUUCACUCUAUCUUGCCCUCAUUCGCUACCUGGUCCGCAUUCGCAAAAUCUGUCGACUGCUAGGCAAGAGCUGGCGCAAAGAACUUUUGCUGACUGUCACGGGACGGAGUCUAUUCCUGCGGCUGGCUGCACAAUAUAGCUUUCUCUUUGUUCUUGUUCAGAUGAUUCGGGCCACUGGCCGAGGGAAACCACGAAAGUAG